AUGGCAUCCUUAUGCAGGCAAAUUGUUAGAGGAAAUGCAUUUAAAAGUGUUCUUUUAUCCACUGCCCGACGGGGAUAUGCCGACAAAAUGAUGCCUGACCCCCUGGAGCAUGCCACUGGUAUGGAGAGGAAGGAACUGCUGGCCAUGCAGGCCGGCAACGAUGAUCCCUUCAACAUGAAGGUGCUGAAGAAAGCCGCUGGAACCCGCGACAACCCCACCCUAGUGCCCUCUUGCUUUGACGCCCGUAUUGUUGGGUGCAUAUGUGAAGAGCACGCCACAGCCGUCACCUGGCUCUGGUUACACAAGGAUCACCCCCGCCGCUGCGAGUGUGGCCACUGGUACAAACUGAUUGAGAAGCAGCCCGUCUAA